AUGGCACUGGUGGCUCCUGCUUUCACAGUCCUCAGCCCGACGGUAGUGACGCCUAGCUUGGAGCAGCAGAUUCCAAGAGUGGUGGCGGGUUCCAGCAGCCAUGGACACAGCGGUACAGGCGCAGCCUUAGCAGCCUGUGGUAUGGUGGCUGCCGCUGGCCUGCGACGUGCGCGCAAGCAACGUGCAGGAAAGAUGGUUGGCACCACUGGAAACUUCGAGGAGUCAUACUACCGCGACCACCUGGUGGCCUGCCGCGCGCAGUUGAACGGAGCUGAUGCUCCUACCCCAGAGGAGACUGACAAACACAUGGAGGGCAUCCAGGCUUUUGCCAAGCAGGCUUUGGCAGGCGCCUCUGCCGCCAUGCUGUUCACCAGCUCCAUGGAGGCAGCUGUUGCGUACCCUAUCUUUGCCCAGCAGAACUAUGCCAACCCUCGUGAGUACACUGGGAAGAUCGUGUGCGCCAAUUGCCAUUUGGCCAGCAAGAGCAUUGAGGUGAGGCUUCCUCAGGCGGUGCUCCCCGACACCAUCUUCAAGAUGGAGGUUGAGGUGCCAGCCAAGUACGCCAAGCGCCGCCAGCCUCUUGCUGAUGGCUCCAAGGGCCCCAUGAACAUUGGCGCCAUUGCCGUGAUGCCUGAGGGAUGGAAGUUGGCUCCCAAGGACCGUCUCCCCAAGCCUCUGAAGAAGGAGAUGAAGGGCUUGGCCUGGGCUCCCUACAGCAAGGAGUAUCCCAACAUUGUGGUUGCCGGCCCGGUGCCAGGCGAAACCUACGAGAAGAUGGUGCUCCCUGUGCUGUCCCCUGAUCCCAACACCAAUGACAAGGUGAUCUUCGGCAAGGGCAUCUUCUACUUUGGCGGCAACCGUGGCCGUGGUCAGGUGUAUCCUGAGGGCAACCAGAGCAACAACAACCAGUUCUUGGCAUCCGCCACCGGCACCAUCUCCGCCAUCGAUGGCUUGAAGGUCAGCAUCACCACGCCUUCGGGUGAGGUGAAGACCCAGGAGUGCCUGACAGGUGCUGACAUCGUGGUGCAGGUGGGUGAUGAGGUGACCAAGGAUGAGCCCAUCACCACCAAUCCCAACGUCGGCGGCUUCGGUCAGGAAGAGAAGGAGUGCAUCCUGCAGGAUAUGAACCGCGUCUACGCCUUCUGCGCCUUCGCCUUCUCGUGCUUCAUUGCUCAGCUCAGCUUCGUUCUGAAGAAGAUGCCUGGAAGCAGUUUGAGAAGGUCCAACUUGCUGAGGGCUUCUGAGGGCCUGCUCAAUUGGCUCCACUUGCCCCAGCAUCUCCCUUCGUUUCCCACCAUGGCGCUGGUGGGUGCUCCAGCAUUCACCGUGGUGACCCCAACGGUGGUGACGCCCCUGGAGCAGAUCCCAAGAGCACAGGGAACCACUGGGACCGGCCAUGGGGUGAGUGGCACAGGUGCAGCUUUGGCUGCCUGUGGCAUGGCUGCAGCAGCCGGCGUGCGUCGCGCAGGGCGGCGCGGUGCGCGCGGCUCCCGAGCCAACAUGGCGGGCAACUUUGGAGAGCCUUUGGGAUGUGCAAGCUGGGGAUGGUCCUACUACCGCGACCACCUGGUGGCCUGCCGCGCGCAGCUGAACGGCGUGGAUGCUCCUACCCCCAGAGGCAGCUGUUGCGUACCCUAUCUUUGCCCAGCAGAACUGAACUAUGCCAACCCUCGUGAGUACACUGGGAAGAUCGUGUGCGCCAAUUGCCAUUUGGCCAGCAAACCCAUUGAGGUGAGGCUUCCUCAGGCAGUGCUCCCCGACAUCAUCUUCAAGAUGGAGGUUGAGGUGCCAGCCAAGUACGCCAAGCGCCGCCAGCCUCUUGCUGAUGGCUCCAAGGGCCCCAUGAACAUUGGCGCCAUUGCCGUGAUGCGUGAGGGAUGGAAGUUGGCUCCCAAGGAUCGUCUCCCCAAACCCCUGAAGAAGGAGAUGAAGGGCUUGGCCUGGGCUCCCUACAGCAAGGAAUAUCCGAACAUCGUGGUGGCCGGACCCGUGCCAGGUGAGACCUAUGAGAAGAUGGUGCUCCCUGCGCUGUCACACGUGGGAAACUGUAUUCAGGUAGCAGGUUUGGGCUGCCCAAACCUGCUACUCGAGUACACCAACUGCUGGCCGCAGGUGUAUCCUGAGGGCAACCAGAGCAACAACAACCAGUUCUUGGCAUCCGCCACUGGCACCAUCUCCGCCAUCGAUGGUUUGAAGGUUCCAAGACUUCACAGCUGGCACCCUGGAUGGCGGGGUGUGAGUAUCACCACGCCUUCGGGUGAGGUGAAGACCCAGGAGUGCCUGACAGGUGCUGACAUCGUGGUGCAGGUGGGUGAUGAGGUGACCAAGGAUGAGCCCAUCACCACCAAUCCCAACGUCGGCGGCUUUGGCCAGGCAGUGGAUGUCUGGUUGGAAAUUCUGGGGGGUUGGAAGGAGGAGAAGGAGUGCAUCCUGCAGGACAUGAACCGCGUCUACGCCUUCUGCGCCUUUGCCUUCUCCUGCUUCAUAGCUCAGCUCAGCUUCGUUCUGAAGUGGCAUUUUUUCGAAGACGCACGUAGCGCCAGCGGGAAAAACUGCUUGGAUCUGCUGACAUCAGCCAGCCUGGAGGCCAUAGACACUGGUAACCAGGCCUCACCAGCUUGGAGCCCACCUCCUACCAGCUUUGGGCUCCCCAGCACGGUAGUUUGGUCCAAAAUCUUCCCAUCAGCCAUGGCCCUGGCCCCAGCCUUCACCGUGGUCUCCAGCUCCGCUGGCACAGUGACGCAGCCCACCCACCAGAUCGCGCGACCCCAAGCAACUCAGCAUGGACUCUCUGGCACAGGUGCUGGCUUAGCAGCCUGCGGCCUUGCAGCUGCGGCCGGUGUGCGCCGCACUCGCAAGCAGCGUCGAUCCAUGGCGGGGACCAGCCUGGUGGGCAACUUGGGGGAGUCCUACUACCGCGACCACCUGGUGGCCUGCCGCGCGCAGCUGAACGGCGUGGAUGCUCCUACCCCAGAGGAGACUGACAAGCACAUGGAGGGCAUCCAGGCCUUUGCCAAGCAGGCUUUGGCCGGUGCCUCUGCCGCCAUGCUGUUCACCAGCUCCAUGGAGGCAGCUGUUGCGUACCCUAUCUUUGCCCAGCAGAACUAUUCCAACCCUCGUGAGUACACUGGGAAGAUCGUGUGCGCCAAUUGCCAUUUGGCCAGCAAACCCAUUGAGGUGAGGCUUCCUCAGGCAGUGCUCCCCGACACCAUCUUCAAGAUGGAGGUUGAGGUGCCAGCCAAGUACGCCAAGCGCCGCCAGCCUCUUGCUGAUGGCUCCAAGGGCCCCAUGAACAUUGGCGCCAUUGCCGUGAUGCCUGAGGGAUGGAAGUUGGCUCCCAAGGACCGUCUCCCCAAGCCUCUGAAGAAGGAGAUGAAGGGCUUGGCCUGGGCUCCCUACAGCAAGGAGUAUCCCAACAUCGUGGUGGCUGGACCGGUCCCAGGUGAGACUUAUGAGAAGAUGGUGCUCCCAGUGCUGUCCCCGGAUCCCAACACCAACGACAAGGUCAUUUUCGGUAAGGGCAUCUUCUACUUUGGUGGCAACCGCGGUCGUGGACAGGUGUACCCUGAGGGCAAUCAGAGCAACAACAACCAGUUCUUGGCAUCCGCCACCGGCACCAUCUCCGCCAUCGAUGGCUUGAAGGUGGGCAUCACCACUCCUUCCGGCGAAGUGAAGACCCAGGAGUGCCUGACAGGUGCUGACAUCGUGGUGCAGGUGGGUGACGAGGUGACCAAGGAUGAGCCCCUCACCACCAACCCCAACGUGGGCGGCUUCGGUCAGGAAGAGAAGGAGUGCAUCCUGCAGGACAUGAACCGUGUCUACGCCUUCUGCGCCUUUGCCUUCUCCUGCUUCAUUGCCCAGCUGAGCUUCGUGUUGAAGAAGAAGCAGUUCGAGAAGGUCCAGUUGGCUGAGGGCUUCUGA